GCGGCCGCGGCGGAGCGGUCGGGCCCGGCGAACGCCCCUGCCUCGCUGGCUGGGCGGGAGUGAAGCUCUCGUGCGACACGUGGAGGGUGAAAACGCGGGCUCACGUUUUAGUUGAAUGCUGUGGGAAUAACUUUUUGGAGAGACCAAUCAAACUAAAUGGGUCCAGUCACUGGAAUGACUCCGGAUAAGAAAGCUAAAACUCCAGGAGCGGAAAAAGCUGCGGGGCUAAGACAGUCACACAGGAUGGGAAGCCUACCCGAUGCAGGAGAUGCUGGGAGACCUAAGGCCACUGUAGUGGACAGCGAUUCAGCAGACGAUGAGCUCACAAACUUGAACUGGCUGCAUGAAAGCACUAAUCUUCUAACAAACUUCAGCCUUGGAAGUGAGGGUCUUCCAAUUGUUAGCCCUUUAUAUGACAUUGAGGGUGACAGCGUGCCAUCCUUCUCACCCUCCUGCUACCAGAAUCCAGAAAAAAAAUCUUCUACUUCCAAGCCUCCUUAUUCUUUCAGCCUCCUCAUCUAUAUGGCUAUUGAGCAUUCUCCCAACAAGAGCCUCCCAGUCAAAGAAAUCUACAGCUGGAUCCUGGAACGCUUCCCCUAUUUUGCCACAGCACCAACAGGAUGGAAGAACUCUGUCCGACACAACCUCUCCUUGAAUAAAUGUUUCCGGAAGGUGGAGAGAAGCCAUGGCAAGGUGAAUGGAAAAGGUUCCUUGUGGUGUGUCGAUCCAGAAUAUAAGCCUAAUCUCGUUCAAGCACUGAAAAAGCAGCCAUUUCCUUCAGCACUUGCAUUCUACACUCCACCGGCAUCACCACCAAGUAGGUCAUCUUCUCCUCACUACUUAUCUUCAGUACUUAAGCAGAAUAAUGGCCGAUCUCUCAAAGAAUCUGAUAUUGAUGCUGCUACUGCGAUGAUGCUGUUGAAUACUUCAAUUGAACAAGGGAUGCUAGACUGUGAGAAACCUCAGUCUCUGAAGACACCUAAGAAGAGGAGUUAUGGCAGUGCAUUUAAUCCUUCCAGUUCCAUAAAUUUGCAAGAAAAUGAUUCUGCAGCCACCAAUAUUGAUCCGAAGGAGGAUCAUAAUUACAGUGCUAGCAGCAUGGGUUCGCAGCGUUGUGCAUCUAGGUCCAGUGUGUCUUCCUUGUCCUCUGUUGAUGAGGUGUAUGAAUUUAUCUCCAAGAACAGCCAUGCUGGAAGUGAUGGCAGUGAAGGAUUUCACAGUGAAGUGGAUACAGACGUUGACUAUGAAGACGAUCCUCUUGGAGACAGUGGCUAUGCAUCACAACCUUGUGUAGAUACCUCUGAGAAAAGUCAGCCUAGCAACAGAGCACUGAAGGAGUUGUGUCAAGAAAUUGAUGAGGAGCUGAAAGAAGCAGCGGGGUCUCUGCUCCAUCUUGCUGGCAUCCAAACGUGCUUGGGUUCCUUAAUAAGUACUGCAAAGACCCACAGUCACAAGCAAAGGAAAAAAUAGUAUGUUUGUCAAUGUUGAAUAUAUACAUAUAUUUUUUUUAAUUGUGGCAAUACUCUUCUACUUUUACCCUUCACAAGGGAGAUCAAAGCCAUAAAAGGACUCAUUGCUUUUUUAUUUUUGGCACUAACUGUAAUUUAGCCAUUUAUUUUUAAAUCACUGCCUAAAAAGAAAAAAAAAAA